AUGCUCAUUCUCGAUUCUACCUACAAGACCAAUAAAUAUAGACUUCUAUUAUUUGAGAUGGUUGGUGUUACAUAUAUCGAGAAGACACACGCCGUUGGUUUUGCUUUAUUGGAGUGUGAAAAAAAGGACAAUUUUAGAAGGGCAUUAGAGGUGUGUCGGUCAAUUUUGAAGGAACAAGUUGAGAUUCCUAAGGAAAUAGUUACGAAUAUUGCGUUGAUGAAUGCGGUGGCAAAGGUGAAGGAGAAAUUUUUCUUUGCAUGGACUGAUAAUGUCAGACAUCUUGGGAAUACAACCACCAAUAGAGUAGAGUCGGCACAUGUUAGUUUGAAAUUUUGGCAAUAUGUCUCGGCCCGAGUUAAACUAUAUUUUUCACGAGGUAAAACUGUAGGUUCCGAUAGCGCAAAAUAUGGUUGCACUAUUACUAAAACAUAUGGUCUCCUGUGUGCUUGUGUUAUUGCUAAAAAUAUGAAACUAGGUGAGCCAAUACGAAUGGACGAAGUUAUCCCUCAUUGGAAAAGACUUAGUUUUGAUGAUGAUGGUUGCAUAGAAGGAGAAAGAUCGAAUAUCUCUAUUUCUACCGAAUUGGAAGCGAUACAAGAGAGGUUCUCGAAGGUCGAUGACAACAUAAAACUCCACAUCAAAGAACAAUUGCGGAAGAUUGGGUAUCCCGAAACAACCGACAUGAAACCGCCUUCUCAACCAGUAAAGACAAAGGGUGCUUCGAAAAAAUUGAAGUCUACACCGAUUAACAACUCGUCUACACGAUCUCCUUCUUAUUGUGAGCACAUUGAUAAAACUUUUCCCAACUCACUGACUCCUAAAUCUCAAAAAUCUCAAAAAAGUUCAAUCAAAGAUGCUUGCAUAAGCUAA